AGCUGCUGCUUCUCGCCUACCAACUCCAGCUCCAACCCGGACCCGGACCCAGAGCUUCUCCAGCGGCGACGCAGGGUCCGCAGUAACGCAGUCCUGCAGUAACUUCCUCCGCGCAGCUCCGCCACCCCCGGGAGUCCCGGGGCGCACCUGCAAACUCCCGCUUGUGCACCGGCCGCCCCCAAGCCGGUGCGGGAGCCCGAGCGAGCCAUGGCCAACGCGGGGCUGCAGCUGCUAGGCUUCAUCCUGGCUUUCCUGGGCUGGAUUGGCUCCAUCGUCAGCACGGCGCUGCCCCAGUGGAGGAUUUACUCCUACGCUGGCGACAACAUCGUGACGGCCCAGGCCAUCUACGAGGGGCUGUGGAUGUCCUGCGUGUCGCAGAGCACCGGGCAGAUCCAGUGCAAAAUCUUCGACUCCUUGCUGAAUCUGAACAGCUCUCUGCAAGCAACCCGUGCCUUGAUGGUGAUUGGCAUCCUGCUGGGACUAGUAGCCAUCUUUGUGGCCACUAUCGGCAUGAAGUGUAUGAAGUGCCUGGAAGACAACGAGGCACAGAAGAUGCGGAUGGCUGUCAUUGGGGGCGUGAUCUUUCUUAUUUCAGGUCUGGCUAUUUUAGUUGCCACAGCAUGGUAUGGCAAUAGAAUUGUUCAAGAAUUCUAUGACCCCAUGACCCCGGUCAAUGCCAGGUAUGAAUUUGGUCAGGCUCUCUUCACUGGCUGGGCUGCUGCUUCCCUCUGCCUUCUGGGAGGUGCCCUACUUUGCUGCUCCUGUCCCCAGAAAGCAACAUCGUACCCAACACCAAGGCCCUAUCCAAAACCUGCACCUUCCAGUGGGAAAGACUACGUGUGACACAGAAGCCAAAGGAGACAACCCUGUUGGAACAAUCAGAAAAUGAACAUUGAAAUACUGUAUUGGCGUUAAGGUCUUAGAUUUUGACUAUUGUAGUCUGAACUGUGGUAUUAUCAAAAGAACAUAUUUCGUUAAAUACCCAUUGCUAAAAAUGACAUAGUCUUAUUUUAUCUCCUUUCCUCAAUAGAAGAGGGAAGCCUUUUCUAUUUGUAUUACUGCUUCCCACUGAGUCAUCAUCUCAAAUGUGGGGAGAGGGCAUUCCUUAAAUAUAUAUAGAUAUGUACAUGUUUUUCUAUAAAAAAGUUAGGUAGUAAAACCUCAUUAUGUUGGUACCAGCAUUCUUAAAAUAUAUCUAAAAAAAGAAAAAUAUAUUUAUAUUGAUUAAAUAAGUAGUUUAUUUGGUAUUCUUCUCUUCUUUCUUUAUGUAUACAUAUAUAAUAGGUCAAAUAUCAUUUACCCUCCUUCAUCAGCUUUUAAUGUCUUUCACAG